AUUAAUCAUCGUGGAUGCAGCUUCGUCCCGUCCGUUUUAAUUUGCGAAGCUAUUCCGGAGAAAAUAAAAAUCCGGAGCGUAAAAUAUAGCGUACGGGAAAGACUGACAGAAGCGUGAGCGAAUCUUCUCAAGAAGCGUAAAUUGAAACGUCGGAAACAUAAAAGAAGCGUUUACUUCUAAAAUUCUUCUCGUUACGAUGUAACCAAUUUACUAGAAGAACAAAAAGUCACGAUGACAUCAAAAUGAAUUUCGCGAAAUGGCGAAAUGACAAUCAUUUUGAAAUGAUAGACGACACUUUGACAUUAUUUCGACGUCAUCGUGACUUUUUGUUCUGCUCAAGUUCGUUCACGCGUCCGUUCACUCUCUCCUUACGGAUUUUUAUUUUCACGGAGGUACGCGAGAUAUCUGCCACGAACAACAAGCGGAUUAGCUGAUGCGCGACAGAAACGUUCCGAGUAACGUUCCUCGCUGAUAUCGGCCUAUCGAUUGGUCCCGCGUAAUGUUGUUCCGACGGGACGAUGCACUCCUUUGACGUUCAAUUUGUCAAUUUGUCACGGCCGUUGGCCUACGAUCUGGCGCACGUGCGCUAUCGUCCCUUGCUCGAGCUGCGCCGAGACUUGAGCUUCUUUUAUCGUCUCGCCCCUCCGCUCUGCCUUCGUUGUAUCGCUUCGAAUUAUUCCGCUGGCUGUGAUCGUUUAGCUUAGACAGCUAAUCUACCAGAUUUUCUAUUUUUAUUAUACGUGGCGGAAUCUCGAAAAACGGCUCCCUCGCUCGCACGUCAUGUCAUUAAUAUUCAUCAGCAUCAAAAAUAUACGGACGCUCGUAUAUGUAUAUUCAUGGGUAUGAGCGCGAACUCGUACGUAGCUCUAAUUAACUCUAAUUAUCGCGAGACUUUGAAUGCACCGACAGUCUCCCCGCGCUUAUCACCUCAAAAGACACUUGCGAUAAAAUAUUGUAAUGUAUUGCAGGACGAAGAGGUGGAGGAUAAGUCCAGCAAAUUUAGCAGCCUGCCGCUCGCGAGUUUUAAUUUCAUCAAUUCCAUCAUCGGCAGCGGUGUGAUUGGAAUACCAUACGCUCUGCAUCAGGCCGGCUUCGGUCUCGGGAUCGCUCUGCUAAUUUUAGUAGCGGCGUUGACUGACUACUCGUUGAUUCUUAUGGUGCGAAGUGGACACAUUUGCGGUGAAAUGAGCUACCAGGGUCUGAUGCGAGCGAGUUUCGGUCGGGCCGGUUUCUACAUUCUCACGGCAUUGCAGUUCAUCUAUCCGUUCAUAGCCAUGGUCUCUUAUAAUGUUGUCGUCGGCGAUACGGUCACGAAGGUUUUGAUUAGAGUGACGGGGAUGAAUGAGACGAACAUUCUCGCUCAUCGACAAGUUGUUAUCCUCGUGGCAACCCUCUGCAUCACUAUCCCAUUAUGUUUGUACAGGAAUGUCGCGCGAUUAGCAAAAAUCUCCUUCCUCUCCCUGGUUUGCGUCGGAUUCAUUCUCCUCGCCAUCUUCAUCCGGAUGAGCACCAUGUCCGCCAUAGUCCCGAGUCAGAAGGACAGUUGGAGAUUUGCCAAUUUUCCCGGUGUCGUCCCGUCCGUUGGUAUAAUGGCGUUCGCCUUCAUGUGCCACCAUAACACCUUUCUGAUUUACGGCUCGAUCGAGAGAGCGACUCAACAGAAGUGGGACGUAGUAACGCAUUGGUCUCUCUUCACAUCCUUUUUAAUCGCCGCGGCCUUUGGGAUCAUCGGCUACGCGACCUUUACCUCAUUCGUUCAGGGCGAUCUCAUGGAGAACUACUGCUGGGACGACGAUCUGAUGAACUUUGCUAGAGUCAUGUUCAGCGGCACUAUACUUCUCACCUUUCCGAUCGAGUGCUUCGUUACGCGCGAGGUGCUCAUGACAGCAAUCAAGGGCACAGACGAAUUGGAGGGACACGAGGCUUACGUGCCUAACUCGGACCGCAAGUACCUGAUAAUCACCUUGACGAUAGUAUCCGUAGCGUACCUGAUUUCCAUGUUGACGGACUGCCUCGGCGUCGUCCUCGAGUUGAACGGCAUCCUCGCCGCGGUGCCGCUCGCCUAUGUUCUACCCGGUCUCUGCUACCUCAAGCUCGAGGAGGGGCCCAUCCUCUCGUCCAAGAAGCUUCCGGCGCUCGGUCUGAUGACCGCCGGCAUUCUGGCCGCCAUCUCCGGUCUCCUGCUGAUCAUAAUUAAUAGUAGUUCGGCCGGUACUUGCUUUCACGGCAAGAUAAUGCCGUACUGCGUCGAGAAUUCGACGACGAUGCAACUUGACGCGACUACAAUGUCCAACAACUUUAUCCUCACCAGCACGGAGCCCGGGAUCUAAACCUUAACGGACGAGCACGGUAAACCUUUAGCCUAGUCAUAAGUCUGCCAAAUUAUCGAAUGAAAGUAUAGCAUAAUUAGGCUCAUGGGAUAAAUAACGGCAUAAACAAAUAAGAAAUAAUUUUAAUCGCUGGAAGAAAUAAGAUAAUAGCACGUAUAUACAUAUAACGAUAUCAAAUGGAAAAAUUGGGAUUUGGUAUUGGCUUAUCGAUAUACCUAUAUUUUGACGCAAUGUAUCCGGUAUAUGAUUGCUUCGAAAAAUUUCAAAACGUGACAUUUUAUAUAUUACAAAUUUGCAAGAUAAAAAAGGAUCGAAGGUUUUUAUUAAGCAAAACGGGAUUUCAUCUGUGAAUGGACGCAUCAUUUUAUUGUGAGGAUUAUGACUGUAUGUUAGGAAAAUGAAACUGUUGGUGAGUCAGGUUAAAGAGAAUAGCGAUUACGCAACGCUACUAUAGUCUCAACUAUGGUAUAGUGAUCGAUAGAUCUUGCGAAAAGAUUUUUUGCUCUAAUAACAAGAUAAAAUUUAAUAUUAAAUAUGUGGGACGCAAUCUAUAGGAAAACUUGAAAGAAAAAUAUUACAUUAACGAUCGUGAAUAUUUAAUUACGUUGGGUAAUUAAAUUGUUCCCACUACGAUUUCACUUCACGAUAUCGUGAUAUAAUUGGGAGAUGAAUUUUAAACUGCAAUGCUCGCAAUAUAAAAUCAAUGCAAUAUGGAAUUCGAGCGAGAAAUCCAAAAAUUGGCAAUAGGUAUAUGUAAAUGUUCUCUUUCCGUCGUUUAGUGAAAUAUAUAGACCUAUGAAUGUUUGUCGCACGCAAAUUUACAGAGUAAAAUCGCAAUCUUUCAAAUUAGUCGUGUGCACAAUGAGCUUGAGAUUCGCGACUGAAGACGAUUAAUUAAUUCUCCGCGAUGCACAUUGUUAGAGAGAGACAAAAUUUUAAUGUACCAAUCGAGAUAACUUUAUUGAACUUCCUAUAUUAUUAUUAUAUGGAAUAGGACUCUUGUAUUUAGUCCUAAUAAAAUUCCAGAGAUAAGGCUCUAACGGGAAAAAAUCUUGGUAAUUACAAAAUGCGCGAAUUUUAAGAAAUAAUUAUCGCGAUUAGAAAAUUGUGAUUAGAUAACUAAUUUAUAGAACGCGUGAGCUAAAUAUCUCAUAUUAUAUUUUUAAAAAAGAUGUUGAGCAGACAAAUGAUUUAUAAAUGAGAAGAUAU